AUGGCAGAAGCCUGGUUUAGCGAGUCUUGCUCAAACCUGAGGGCAGAUAAUCCUAACGAUAUCUGCGUCAACUUUCAAGAAAGUCAUGCAAAAAAUAUUUUCGAGAAGUAUUUUGUUGUCAACAACAACACUACUUUGGCGAAUGCAGAUCUAUACGGUGCGAAGAGCCGUGUUACGCAGGAAUGGCUCUCCACCGUAUUACUUCGUGGUACCAGCACGGAUCGUGUGUUAGCGCUUGCGUUUAUGAAACAGUUAUGUAUGAAAGCAAUAGAUGUCCUUACCAAUCUCUUCGAGUCAACUCUGCUGCCUACGAAGAGAAUCCUGAUUUCUCUUGAGAGCCGUCCUUUUGAUCGUCUCUCAAAAUUUCCUGCAGUACUCACAAAUGAUUUGUCACUCAAAGAUACUGAUCGGGGUCCUGAUCUACCACGCAGUAGUCGGGAAUACGUGUUGGCCUUGUGGUAUUUCGAACAUAGAUUGAAGCAGUCCUACCUUCGGUUUUUGACGUCCUUAGAGAACGUUUUAAUGAAUGAUACGAUUCCUGUCGAGAAAACAAAAGCCCUAAGUCGUGGUCACCCGAAUCUGAAGGUUGUGCUUGUUGAACAGUUGCGGAGUCUACUGUUUCGUCCAAACUUAGUCGAUCGAGCCAAGUACUAUGCAAUUGUGCUUCUGUCCUGCAUCCCUUUCUCUAAGAAAAAUCCGAAAGCCUUCGUACCUAAUGAAGGUAUCGCCGCCAGUGAUGGGACAGUUGCGGCAAUUCUCUUCAAAAUAUAUCUUUCUUUUUUUCGAGCAUCUGUUGUGGCCGAAGAACUUCCAGAGCGUCUGAUUGCAGCUCUCCUCACUGGAAUCAGCCGCGCUGCUCCUUAUCUUUCAGAGCAAGUUAUGGCGGAAAAUGUGACUGAUAUCGACGCCGUCUUUAGACUGGUUCACGUGACAACCAAUUUCACCAUCAGUCUACAGACGCUUAAUUUUCUUUUCCAUUUUACGGAGCAUCAGCCACAACUUCGCGAUCGUUACUAUCAGGCGCUCUAUCGCAGGUUGAAUGACGUUGCUAUUCGUUGGUCUGCCCGUUGUCCUUCCCUCCUGAGCCUGGUCUUCCACAGUUUACUGGCCGACGGCGACGCGGAGCGUCGAGCUGCGAUUGUGCAGCGUCUCCUGUCUAUUUGUUUGACUCACCCAAACGCUGGUUUUGUCGCCGGUGCACAAAUUCUUCUCGAAAAACUUCGUUUGACCGAAAAGAUUAAUGUAACUGGUUCUGUUGGCGCCCCUCAACUCGCAAACAAAGUUGAACUAGCAAAGCAACCCAAGCGCCUGCUGCCUACCUCAAUUGGCAUAGUAAAGCCUACUAAUCAUCACGAAAACAGCGAUUCUGAAGAGGAACAUUUCUCCGACAUUCCGGCUUCGGAUGACGAAGGGGAAGAAGCUGAAUCUGUGGAGAAAUUGUCGCCUACUGUUACCUCAUACUCCUGGGACCACCGACGUCUGCUCAAGAAGCCUCUCAGUUCUAAUUAUGGCUACGACAGCAGCGUCCGUGAUCCACGUUAUGCGCGUGCUCGGGGUCAGCCCUUGUGGCAGCUCAUUCUUCUCUCGACCCACGUCCAUCCUACCAUUAACCUCUUCGCUCGAAGCCUAAUUGAAGGCAAAGCCUUCAAGUAUACGGGAGAUCCAUUUGACGAUCUCUCCGUGGCACACUUCAUGGAGAGAUUUGUGUACAAGAAACCCAAGUCAUCUGUCUCUGUUUCGAAGACAAUCUCUCACCCAGGCAAAUCGGCCAAUGAGGGGAGUAAGAAGGUGGCUCAUGCGAAGACUCUGGCUCCAGACAGUCUGGCGUACAGAAACCUCAACCCUGAACAGGUUCCAUCCGACGAGCGUUUCAUUCACAGCUACCUGAAUUUUGUCAAGGCUCGAACGCCAAGGAAGAUGGAUGAAGGUAGUAGCGACGAGUCCGAUCAGCUGGACGAAGAUUUUGACGAAUAUCUCGCGAGACACGAGAAGGGCCUGAUACCGAACGACGCAGACGAAGACGAGGACUUCGAUGAUGCCGAUUUCGACUAUUCCUCUGACGACGAUGCAAACGAGGAAGCAGAAGGGGAAGCACAAGAAAAGGCCUCAAAGGAAGGCGGUAAAGACAACCGAAAAAAGAGGAAGUUGGAUAAAUCUGAUCAUGAUCAUGUUGAUUUCCUUGAAAUGGACGAUGGUACAAGUGACGACUACGAUAUGUCAGAUGAUAACUCUGAUGACGACUUCAGACCUCUUAACAAUAGUCGCAGGUCAGGGAAAUUUGAUCUGAACAAAAUUUUUGUAAGCGCGGAGGAAGUUGGAGACUUGUAUGACAGUCAAGAAGUACCAGACGCCUCAUCAAAGCGCGCAAAGUGGCAGAAAAGGCACCUGCUCUCUUCGGAAUACGGCAAGAAACGGCUGCACCACCACAGGGGUCACGCAUCCGGAUCGAAAAAGCGGCGACGUUGA